CUGUCUCCCCUUACCUUCACUUCAGACCACCUACUCCCGCUCCACUCGCCAUGGCCUAUCCUGGAUAUGGAGGUGGGUAUGGAGGUUAUACUGGUCAGAUGCCUGGAAUGCAGAUGCAAAUGGGACAGCCAAUGCCAGGAACAGUACCAAAUAUGCCUCAUGGAGGAUACUCUGGAUACUCGGCAUAUACUGGUGGUUAUUCUACAAGUGACCCUAUGUGGAAUUACUUCACUGCUAUUGCUGGACAGGAUGGUGAAGUGGAUGCUGAAGAGCUUCAGAGAUGUUUAACACAGUCUGGGAUUAGUGGAACCUAUUCUCCAUUCAGUUUGGAAACCUGCAGAAUUAUGAUUUCUAUGUUGGAUAAAGAUUAUACAGGAAAAAUGGGAUUUAAUGAAUUCAAGGAACUUUGGGCAGUUCUUAAUGCCUGGAAGCAGAACUUCAUGAUGAUCGACCAAGACCGAAGUGGAACAGUUGAGCUUCAUGAACUGAGUCAAGUCAUUGCAGCUAUGGGUUAUAGGUUAAGUCCUCAGACAUUAACUGCCAUCGUAAAGCGUUACAGCAAGAAUGGUAGAAUCUUCUUUGAUGAUUAUGUUGCUUGCUGUGUAAAACUCAGAGCACUGACAGAUUUCUUUAGGAGAAGAGACAGCAUGCAACAAGGCUUUGUGAACUUUGUAUAUGAUGAUUUUUUGCAGGGCACUAUGGCUAUAUGAGUACCCAACUGAAUGUUGGGGGAGAGAGAAUCCUGUGAAUUCUUCUGCUCAGAAAGAACUACCUGAACCUGCUGUGAACUCAAGCUCUUCUGGCCUUCUCUGUGUUCCUGCCUGUUAUCUGUAUAACUGUUUUAAUCUUAGUGCACAGUUCAGAGCAAUAAAAAUUGUUUUCUUUACAAUGUUACAAUUUGAAAAAGCAUUGCUUUACAUUUUCAUCUAUAUAAUGGAAAAUUAUAUGUUAUGAUUAAUGAAA